CCCCUACCCAAAUCCCUCAAACACCAAACAAGAUCACGUAUUAGAGGACCAUACAUAAUAGAUUUGGCAGGACCGUUAUGUUUGCUCAUGUGCUCAAGAAGAAAACAUGAACCGCGAGGAAGUGUUCUUGAUAGGUGUAUUCAUAGAAACCAUUCAACAUCAUAAUUUCAUCUUGUUGACAACGUUCUUCAGUUCCAAGAGAGAGGUUUCACCAUUCCCCCUUGCAUUGCUCGUAUAGCCUCUGGCGUUGCAUUCGAAUUCGGCAUCUCUGAUUGUCCAACAUGGAUGACAUGGAAAGGACGCAACCAAAGUUUUUGACGGACGAUUGGUAGUUUUCUUCGGGUCCAGAACACAAAAUGGCUUUUAAAGCAGGGAAUCAUCUGGUGAGCGUCGCCGGAGAAGGCAAACCAGUCUUUGUGUGGAAAAGAAAGUGCAAUAGACCAGGUGCAACUGUGAGUCAUCAGUCACAGAGUUCUAAAAGCCGCCAAAGGACUGAAAAGGGACGACAUCUCAGUAAGAGUGGAGAUAGAAAUAAAGAUGAUGAAUCAAGUCGCUUGGUUUCAACUCUUUCGGACCUACAAGAACGACAGCAGAAAAGAGAAAUGCUUUACGACAGUCUUGACAAGAAACUUGCUAAAGGCUCCGCCCAUUCUGCAAAUGCAGUGGACCUUGCCGAUUUAGAGUGCAAGCCAACUCUUGCUAAAGAUGAUAAGAUAGGAAGGAAUCUGGAAGGUGAUUGUUCGUCUUCGGGCUCCGAGUAUGAACAAAUCAUCCCACCUUCAGGUGAUGUAGCAAUGCCAGGAAGUGCAUUAAUAACAGAAGUUGACCAUAUCAAUGAUGUUUUCAAUUACUGUGCUAUUGUUAGAUCGGAUGUAAGGCCGCUAAGUGCCGGGUCUCACCAUAAUAUUGAAAAACACUCGAAGAACAUUGUGCGUACAAAUUCAGCAGUGAAUAGAGGCUCAUACGUUAAACAUGGGUUGGACAAAGCGAACUCAAGUGCAGAUUCUCAACGGAAAUCAAUAUCAGAACGUCUUUCUGAGCCUGCAUUAAACUCAAACAGUCCAAACACCGAUGCAGAAGGUACGGACAUGCUUCCUGGAUCAAAUCAUAAAUUCGUAGAUCACGAGUCACAUUCUGUGGUUGAUUACGGAGGCAGCAGUUCUUCGGAAGCAGAUGACGCACCACAUCGGCAACAAGAAGUACCACUCUUGAUGAAGCAUGUGGAAGGAAGUAGCGGGAUUAGUACAAGCGUGAAGGGACGGCCAAUGCAGCGACCAGCUUCAGCCAGAGCGUCCCUUCAGCACCACUACCGGCAUCGGAAGGAGAAGCUUCUUGAUGAGAUGAGAGUUCAUCUUCAUAAGAGGGUCAGGGCGAGGAAAGAGAAAUCAAUCGUCGGUGAUGAUAUCUUCCAGCGACAGAUGAAAAGUGGCUUCUGGACAUCUGAGGUCCUUUACCAUCAAUGGGGAAAUAAUAUCCUUUCCAUGCGGAAUACUUGGAAAGAAAACACAUCUCAAGAGUUUGUCCAAUCGUUUCCUGAAGAGCCUCAGCAGCCGAUUCGACUACGCGCUCGUCGUCAGGCGAUUUGUGUCGACAGGGACAAACGAUCUCCACUUACCAUGAACACGAUGACGUUCAUGGCUCCUACAAAAGAGGAGGAACCUUCGGGAAAUGUGCAAUCACUGGACGCUAGACGGCGCUCUUCAAAUUUACCCGCAUACAACAAAGAGCGAAGCUACUCUGUCGAUCAGGGAGGUCUGCCGAUUAGAUUUGAUCUUCAAGAAGAUGCAGAGUCGAGGAAAAGAAGAUUGAGGGCGCUCUUCAAAGACACUAUCAUCAAGGUAUAUCGAAUCACCACAGUCAUGAUGCAUAUGAUUGAAGCAUCGAAAGCAGGAACGUACUCCGGCCUUAUGGCAUCACUCCACUUCUCACAAGCUGAUGGCUCCGAGGAUCCGAACAGUUUCAACAAGGAACACUAUUCCAGGAAAUAUGCAGAACUCCACGUACCACGCUGGGCGAAGCAGAUCGCAGCAAAGGAACCGUGGGAGCGCACCCCGGAAGAGAUAAUUCGACUCUAUGGAGUUAUGCGCAACAUGCGUAGUUUCGAAAAGUUCACCAGAAGAAUGCGCAUGGAAAUUUGCCGUGCAGCAAGAUACAACGAAUGCGGAAAGGGGCGUGUCAUCGUAAGGCAAGGUCACGUGGGCUUCAACUUCUACUUCAUCUUCUCCGGCUCGGUGUUUGUUCAACUCGAUAUUCUGGACGAGUCUUCGGGUGUGAUGACCACUAGUAACGUCAAUACGCUGAUGAGAGGCUCUUCUUUCGGGGAGUUAGCUCUGCUUAGUAAUGGACAACGCACCGCGUCAGUUAUUUGCCGAGAAAACACCGAAAUAUUUGAGAUUGAGAAGGAAACGUUUUUGGAAGUUUGUCCAGAUAUUUUCGACAACGAACUAGCAGAGAAGAUUAAGGUUGCAAAUGAACUACCGUUCUUUAAAUCCUGGCCCGAAGAUCAACUCCGAAGGCUGUGCUUCGAGUCCCCCAUCCAGGAGAUUGACUUCGGGAAGGUGGUCGAGACGAAUCCAGGGACGUCGGAAUACUGCUACGUAGUCCUCGAGGGAAAGGUGUCUUUGCUGAAAGAAUGCGACCUGGUACAGGCUUUGACUCAGCAUUGCAAGGAAAUGAUGACACGUGACCUUGCACCUGACAGGAAAAGGGACGGUCCCUCGGAAAGCUCUCUUAACGAGAAGAUCAUGCAGAAAUUAAAGGCCCUCCUGUUGCCGGAGUGGACUAAAAAUGGAAAAUGCCACAUGUCGAUUGGAUUGAUGUCCGUUGGACAUGCCACGGAUCUGCUGCCAAUCAAGUUCCGUGACCGGGAGCAGCUCGCUGGUGUUACCCUUGUAAGCCGAGGAUGCCGAACGAUGAGGGUCACGAAACAACGAAUAGAAAAGAUGGCGCCGAGGGGGAUACUAGAUACCUUUCGACAAAAACACAGUACCGUUCUCCCAACCCCUUCAAAUGAAGAGCUAUUUGAGCGUUUUCUCGUAGACGUAGCAUGGCGUCAUUACCGCACCUACGUAACAAAGGGUUCAACGGAGAAGUUAUCACGUGGAACGGGAAGUACAAAGUCAAUGUGGCUCGCUAACUACCUUGUAACGAACGCUCUACUCAGAGACAAGAGAGGGCGUCUUGCGGUGAAGGAAAGAUUAAAAGAAAUCCAAGAGCGGCAUCACAGAAAAACAGAAGACGAAGAAGAUGAAGAAGAAAAUAAGGAAUCUGAAGAGGACCAAGCAAGAAUAGUCCAUCUAAACAAGCUGAGAAAAGGAACCAUCUCACACACCUUUAGUAAGAUAGAAGAGGCGUGUAAUAUAUAACUAAUCCUUUGCAAGGUCACUUAUCUUUUGA